AAGAGUUCAGCUGGACAACUCACAGGAGAUAAAGGAAAAGAUGUUAGAGGCCAGGGCUCGGAUGUCAAACCGACAAAAAAACCGUGAAAAACCAACUGCUCACCGAAGCACAGCUUCCACUGAAUAUGAUACUGAUGUACAACUCCCGGAAUCGCAAUGAGAUUCUGUCCAAACAGCUGCCUCUCCUCACAAUGGUUGAGCCAGCACUGAAACAUACAUCCGACCCUUCCCUGCCCUCCAGACAGUCUCACAAAGACAGGGUGAAUAUUGACGAAAAAAUGAAGGAAAGUAGUGUUUCACAAACUGACAAGGACAAAGCUGAAAGUACAGAAUGUGUAGAAUCAAGACCACAUCAUGUCAGUAAAUACAAGGGGAGGUUGGAAGAAUCAGAGGUAGGAUUCAUUGAAGGUAGAAGAAAUAAAGAUAGACCACUGAGUUCAGAAUCAGGUUCAAGUAUUAAGGACAAGGAAAGGUCUCUAAGGCAAGAAUCAAGUUCAUCUAUGCAAGAACACAGUAAGAAGGAGGAGAGCUUAUCAAGGUCGUACUCGGCAUCAAAUAGAAAGGACGAUAGAAAUAAAGAGAGGUCACCAAGACCAGAAUCAGGUUCAAGUAAAGAUGACCACAGAAAGGAGAGGUCAUCAAGUUCAGACUCGGCAUCAAAUAGAAAGGACGAUAGAAAUAAAGAGAGGUCACCAAGACCAGAAUCAGGUUCAAGUAAAGAUGACCACAGAAAGGAGAGGUCAUCAAGUUCAGACUCGGCAUCAAAUAGAAAGGACGAUAGAAAUAAAGAGAGGUCACCAAGACCAGAAUCGGGUUCAAAUAAAGAUGACCACAAGAAGAAGGAGAGGUCAUCAAGUUCAGAGUCGGCAUCAAAUAGAAAGGACGAUAGAAAUAAAGAGAGGUCACCAAGACCAGAAUCAGGUUCAAGUAAAGAUGACCACAGAAAGGAGAGGUCAUCAAGUUCAGACUCAGCAUCAAAUAGAAAGGACAAUAGAAAUAAAGAGAGGUCACCAAGACCAGAAUCCGGUUCAAGUAAAGAUGACCACAAGAAGAAGGAGAGGUCAUCAAGUUCAGACUCAGCAUCAAAUAGAAAGGACGAUAGAAAUAAAGAGUGGUUACCAAGACCAGAAUCGAGUUCAAGUAAAGAUGACCACAGAAAGAAGGAGAGGUCAUCAAGUUCCAACUCGGCAUCAAAUAGAAAGGACGAUAGAAAUAAAGAGAGGUCAUCAAGACCAGAAUCGAGUUCAAGUAAAGAUGACCACAGAAAGAAGGAGAGGUCAUCAAGUUCAGACUCAGCAUCAAAUAGAAAGGACAAUAGAAAUAAAGAGAGGUCACCAAGACCAGAAUCGGGUUCAAAUAAAGAUGACCACAGAAAGAAGGAGAGGUCUUCAAGAUUGAGUUUAGAUUCUAUAUCUGAGGAAGAGAUUAAGUUUGAUGAAAAACAUAUCUCUGAUAAUAAUUCCAAGAAACAAGAGGGCAUAAGCUGUCCCCAUACCUUGUCUAAAGUGACAGGAAGCAAAGAAAAUAUGCCACCUGUCAUGCCAGGAUUGAUGAGCAAAGCUGUAAGUGAUGAUUGUCCAGUAAGCAAGUCCUCCAAACCUCUAGCUAAUGAUCUGCCUGUGUUGACCAAGCCUCAUAUCGGAAAGAUGAUCCGACGUCCUGCAACAUGUCCUAAAUCAAUUUUAGCAAAAUCAAGAGAUUGCACAAAGAAGCCUGGUAGAAGAGUAAAAUUUACCUUGCCAGAGAAGUCGCCUAUUAAGAAUCAAGUCUCCUCCAGGCUAGCCAGAAGAAUUAUAGCACAGAAGGAACGCCUACCUAUGAAUCAUGAGUUACGAGGGAAAUCAAUCAAGCCAGGUGUGACUAGUACCCAGUCUGAAGGGACAAUGACAACUGUGCCCAGUUUUAAACCUAAUGCAAGAACGACCCAAACUUUACCUGUAGGAAUGACACCACCCUCAAGGCCACUAAACCUCAUGGAGAAAUGUAGCACACCAAAGCCAGGUCAGAUGACCAGGCCCCUGUCAGAUACAACAAAAAACACCACUCGGGGUCAGCAAUACACUCUAGACAAUCUCCUUGUCCAGCUUCUCAAAUGGAACCCAGUCUGGCUUAAAGAACAAGAGAAGUGCCAAGGCCCACCACCUGACAUUGAACAAGAAAACCCUCUACUUCCCCUGAGCGAGGCCUAUAGCAAGUUUGAUGACUACAUCCAACUCUUCACUCCUCACAUACUAAUGGAGACGUGGGAAACUGCAGUUUGUGGCUACAAGGAGAGAGUGAUAUCUGGUGAACCCAAACAUAGAGUUCACCUGUCUGCUGUACAGCCAUCUGCUGACAAAAGGUUUCUCCACUAUACUUGGAACGGGGUGGUAACAGGACACAAGUUCAGCACUAACCAGUACCUCUGUGACGAGGAUCUCAUCAUCUUUAACUAUGUGUCUGAGGAGUGUGACCCAACAAAACCUGGAGCCCCACUCUGCCACAUACAGCGGUCCACCUUUGGUUUCCUGGAGAGGGUUACACACCACAAACCUCAGGACGUCCCACGACUGUACAACGACCUGCCACUACUUAGAAAAGAUGCACAAGCUUUAGGCAAUCAGCAAGUAGCAACUGUAAAGCUGAAACUAAAGAUACGAAAUCGAAAUUUACGGACGGCACCACAACCAGCCACUCUCCAGAGAGUAGUGUCACUCAUACCAAUCGUGAGACAGUAUAAUGCCCUUGUGGAGCUGCACAGAAACAUCCUGUGGCGACACAUACUAGAUCCUGGCAGGCAAGAUGUGUUUGCUGAGAAACAGCCAGUAACAGACACAUUACGUACACAGCUGAGAGGCUACAAUCCAUCACAGCAGAGGGCUAUUUGUACAGCAGCUAAGGUAGCAACUCAACCUGCCAACCUGCCCCGGAUCUGUCUGCUACAGGGACCACCAGGGACUGGCAAAUCUCACACCAUUGUAGGGAUCAUUGACAAAAUUAUCAGGGACACAAACGGUCAGGGGCGUAUUUGUUUGUGCACACCAUCUAAUGCUGCUGUGGAUGAAAUUAUCCGUAGGUUGAUCCAACACAAGAUGCGUAUGUCAAGAGAUCAGAGCCAGCUGCCCUUUGGUCUCCGUAUGGUGAGAAUCGGGAAGACAUCAUCUGUACAUAAAGAUGUAGCUAAAUACACUUUCCAUGAAAUUGUCCACCGCCACGUUCAGAAUGAGGUCAGCCGAAAGCUGGAGAAAAGCAUCCCAGAAAGUUCUCGACGUGAGCUUGACAGCCUUACUCAAAAGAUAUCAGCCUUAUCUUCUAAACUGGAACAUAUUGCACCUGGGGACACCAACAGUGUACAUAAAAGGAGACUGCAAGCAGACCUACAGAAGUUGGAACAGAAGAAGGCAGACUUAAAAUACCAGUUCAGCAAUAUAAAUAGGAAUACAUCCUUGACUGCUGCAGAGGAAUAUGAAAUAAAGAAGAAUGUCCUGUGGCGGGCUCAUGUUAUCUGUGGUACACUUAACAGCUUUGGCAGUGGCAGUAUACAGAGCCUGUUACGCACUCGACACCCAGGCGACCAGUCUUCCUUCUUCUUCAACUGUGUCAUCAUGGAUGAGGCCUCACAAGGUACAGAGUUAGACUGUCUUGUACCACUACAGUAUGGCACUAGUAAGCUGAUUAUGGUGGGCGAUCCAGAACAACUGUCCCCAACUGUCCUUUCUAAGAAAGCAGAAGAGAAGUGUUUUGGCCAGUCUAUGUUUGAACGGAUGUAUGGGUACUAUAAAUACAAAGACAGUAGUCCAGUCAUACUUCUGGACACACAGUACCGUAUGAACCCAGAGAUUGCAGCCUUCCCCAGUCAGUAUGUGUAUGGAGGCAGUCUUCUCUCAGACAAGUGUGUGAUGGAGCGGGGCAACAACUUCCCAUUGAAACCCUAUUUGGUGUUUAACAUUGAUGAAGGUCAGGAACAGAGCUCACAGGCUGGGUCCAUAAAGAAUGAAGCCGAGGCUCGGUUUGUUGCAAUUUUGUGCCAGCACAUCAUACGUCACACAGACAUCCCGCAGACGGACAUUGGGAUCAUUUCACCGUAUCAGAGGCAGAAGUCCUUGCUGGUUGAGUACUUAAAGCAGAGCAAAAUGACUAGCAUUGAAGUAGGCACAGUGGACGGAUUCCAAGGCAGGGAAAAAGAGGUCAUCAUCAUGUCCUGUGUCAGGGCCAGUAGUUCUGGGGGCAUCGGAUUUGUUGGCAAUAGGAAAAGGAUGAAUGUAGCAUUGACAAGGGCAAGGUCAGCCAUGUAUGUGGUGGGAAAUCUCAGAUCCCUCGAGAGGCCUAAACAGGACUGGCAGGUCCUGAUAAGCGAUGCGAAGAAGCGCAGUGUUAUCAUAGAGUGUGGCAGUCAGACAAACUACUCAACUACUGUAAAGGCCUGUUUUAAACGAUUUCCAACUUGAACUGUAGAGAUCCACUAGAACAUUUCCUCAAACUGACAUGCUUUACAAGGCACAAAACUAACAAGAGAAGGUCUGUUUAGACAAUCCAUGAAGAGCUGUAAUGGAAUAAUCCACCAGCAUGACAUGUGGACGUGUACCGAGACAAUCCACCAACCGGACAUGUGGAUAUUUAAUGGACAAAUCCACAAACCUCACUAGAGAUGUACAUGAGACAAUCUACAUACCGAACAUGUGGACGUGUACUGACCCAAUCUACCAACCGUACAUGUGGACAUGUACCAAGACAAUCCGCCAACUGGACAUGUGGAUGUUUAAUGGGAAAAUCCACCGACCUCAUGUGGAGGUGCUCUGGGAUAAUCCACUAACUUGACAUAUGAAGGUGUGCAGAGAUAAUCCACCAACCUGACAUGUGGACGUGUACUAAGACAAUCUACCAACCAGAUAUGUGGAGGUGUGCUGGAACAGUCCACUAACAGCACAUAUGGAUGUGUGGGGGGAUAAUCCACCAACUUUAUCUGUGGACGUGUACCGAGACAAUCCACCAACCUGACAUGUGGAGGUGUACUGGGACAGUCCACUAACAGCACAUAUGGAUGUGUGGGGGGAUAAUCCACCAACUUAACCUGUGGACGUGUACCGAGACAAUCUACCAACCAGACAUGUGGAGGUGUACUGGGACAGUCCACUAACAGCACAUAUGGAUGUGUGGGGGGAUAAUCCACCACACUGACAUGUGUAGGCAUACAUAGAUGAUCCACCAACAUCACUUGUGGAAGUGUUCUGGGUCAAUCCACCAACCCAACAUAUGGAUGUAUACUGGGUCAGUCAACCAACAUCACAUUUGAAGGUGUGCAGGAAUAAUCCACCAGCCUGAUAUGUGGAGUUGUGUGGGGAUAAUCCACCAGCCUGAUAUGUGGAGUUGUGUGGGGAUAAUCCACCAGCCUGAUGAUAUGUGGAGUUGUGUGGGGAUAAUCCACCAACCUGAUAUGUGGUGUGCUGGGAUAAUCCACUAACCUGACAUGUGGACAAUCUACCAACUUGUGGAGUUGUAUGGGGAUAAUCCAUUAAUCUGAUAUGUGGAGGUGUACUGUAAUAAUCUACCAACUUGACAUGUGGAGUUGUGCUGGAACAAUCCACUAACCAGAUAUGUGGAGGUGCACUGGGACAAUCCACCAACCUGACAUGUGGAGUUGUGCUGGGAUAAUCCACUAACCAGAUAUGUGGAGGUGCACUGGGACAAUCCACCAACCUGACAUGUGGAUUUGUGCUGGGAUAAUCCACUAACCAGAUAUGUGGAGGUGCACUGGGACAAUCCACCAACCUGAUGUGUGGAUUUGUGCUGGGAUAAUCCACUAACCAGAUAUGUGUAGAUAUGUAGGUAUAAUCCACUAACCAGAUAUGUGGAGGUGUGCAAAGAUAAUCCACUGAACUGACAUAGAUAUGAAUUAUAUGAACUGUAAAUACAGUGCUUAUGUGUUCACAAUUAGUCUGGUGUAUUAACUAUGGCUAUUAUCCAUCAUGAGAAGUGAUUCUCGAAAUUUGCAUAAUGCUGCACAAAAAAGUAUGAUGUGUACAUUCGGUGAUAUUGAAUCCUUAACAAGGUUUUCUUUUAUAUUUACCAGAGUAAAGGACAUUCAAUACGACUUUGACCUAUGUUAUGAAAUAUUGUCUGUGAUAUUUGUGUAUAAGUUUGUGAUUUUAAUAUAAAUCUUGAUAGUAGUGUAAGGAUGUGUGAGUUAUAUGCAAAAUAUGUAAGUUGUAUGAUAGUAAUCAGGCUGUAUAUGUUAUAGGGAUGUGAUAUAAUCAUAAAUACAUCAACAGUCCUCCGGUAACUCUUGUUUUAGUGUAAUGUCUAACUCUGCUUUGUUUGUAAUGGUACAAUAUAGAUCUUAGAAAGACUUCAAGUUGGUAGUGACAUAGGGUUUACUACAAUGGCAAAGUUGGUUCUACUACUUGAAAGUUCUUUUGGGUCAACCAGUGAGACUCACCGUUCAUAUAUUUAUUAUAUACAUCAUAUCUUAUACAAUAAUGAUAUUAACAACCACUUCUCUGGAACUGCGCUGCAUGCAAUGUAUGACAUUUAUAUUUUAGUGGUGACAUCCCUAGGUGACUGGGAUUCAAAUUUAUACGAAUGAUUGGA